CCGGCCCUGGGACGGCGCUUUCCCCGCGGCCAUGCGACAGCGACCCGGCCACUCCUGGAGCACAGUCCCCGAAGUUUUGCAGAUCAGGAGCAGCUCACAGAGGAUAACCGCUCAGCUAGUGAAGGGCAGUGCCCAGAAAGACCCCAGGCCCCAGCUCCGGCUGCCUGUCCAAAAUACCGUACUAGCUGUCCAUGCUCUCCUGCAGGAUUGCUUCCCUUUUAAAAUGUAGCAAGAGGACCACGGAUGAUAAUGAAGAUAACUCCAAUGAUGGGACCCAGCCCCCCAAAAGGAGGCGAAUGGGCUCAGGAGACAGCUCCAGGAGCUGCGAGACCUCAAGUCAGGACCUCAGCUUCAGCUACUACCCGGCAGAAAACCUGAUCGAGUACAAGUGGCCCCCGGACGAGACUGGGGAGUACUACAUGCUCCAGGAACAAGUCAGCGAGUACUUGGGCGUGACCUCCUUCAAACGGAAGUACCCAGACCUAGAACGACGGGACCUGUCGCACAAGGAGAAGCUCUACCUGAGGGAGCUGAACGUCAUCACGGAGACCCAGUGCACGCUCGGGUUAACAGCGCUGCGCAGUGAUGAAGUGAUCGACCUGAUGAUCAAGGAGUACCCCGCCAAACACGCCGAGUACUCGGUGAUUCUGCAGGAGAAGGAGCGGCAGCGGAUCACGGACCACUACAAGGAGUACUCUCAAAUGCAGCAGCAGAACACACAGAAAGUUGAAGCCAGCAAAGUGCCUGAGUACAUCAAGAAAGCUGCCAAAAAAGCCGCCGAGUUUAACAGCAACCUGAACCGGGAGCGCAUGGAGGAGAGGAGAGCCUACUUCGACUUGCAGACUCACGUUAUUCAAGUGCCCCAAGGGAAGUACCGAGUGCUGCCGACCGAGCGCACCAAGGUCAGCUCCUACCCAGUGGCGCUCAUCCCCGGGCAGUUCCAGGAGUAUUACAAGAGGUACUCCCCAGAUGAGCUGCGGUACCUGCCCUUGAACACGGCGCUGUAUGAGCCGCCGCUGGACCCUGAGCUCCCUGCCCUGGACAGUGACGGUGACUCCGACGAGGCCGAGGACGGUCGGGGCGAAGAGAAGAGGAGAAGUAAAGGCGCCUCGGACAGCUCCUCGGGCCACGCGUCCGAGGGCGAAGGCCUUCCCGACGGCCAGGAGGAGCCGCUCCAGGGGCGACCGAGGCCCAAGGACAGAGCCGCCACUCCCAGGAAGGACGCUGCCAAACGCUCUGGACUGUCCAAGUCAGUUCCCGGGUACAAGCCCAAGGCCCCUCCCAAUGCCCUCUGUGGAAUCUGUCUGAAGGGUAAGGAGUCCGGCAGGAGAGGCAAGGCCGAGUCACUCAUACACUGCUCCCAGUGCGGCAACAGCGGCCACCCUUCUUGCCUGGACAUGACCAUGGAGCUUGUUUCUAUGAUUAAGACCUACCCCUGGCAAUGCAUGGAGUGUAAGACGUGCAUUGUGUGUGGACAGCCCCACCACGAAGAGGAGAUGAUGUUCUGUGAUGUGUGUGACAGAGGCUACCACACGUUCUGUGUGGGCCUCAGUGCGCUCCCGUCAGGUCGCUGGAUUUGUGACUGUUGUCAGCGAGCCCCCCCAACACCCAGGAAAGUGGGCAGAAGGGGGAAAAACAGCAAAGAGGGAUAGUUUUAUGACCAUGAUAUUGUGAUACGCAUUUAAGUGAAUUACUUGGUGCCAAUUUACAAUUCUCAUUUUUAUGCCAAUAAAAGAUUUUUGAAAUUAA